GGGAAGAGAAAGCGAAAGCGGCGGGCGCCGGGACUCCCCAGCUCGAGGAGCGUCGCGGGCAGACAGAAGGGGGAAACGAAGGUGAGCCUGGGCGAGCGAAUUUCAGAGCUCGGGGCUCAGCACGUAGCAGAAAGCCCUCCGGAACUGCAGUCCCGAAGCCGCCGCUGAUAACACCAUGCGCUUCUGUGGCCUGAGACCCUGGGCCUUCCUGCUGCUGGCCGACUUGGCUCUACUCUGGCUGCUUCAGGGGACUCUAGGGGCUUUGUUUCCCCGAGGGCUUCCAGGCCUGUGGCUGGAGGGGACGCUGCGACUCGGAGGGCUCUGGUGGCUGCUACAGGUGGGAGGACUGCUAGGAUUGGUGAGAACACUGCUGCCCCCUCUCUGCCUGGUGAUCCCGCUGUUUCUCUCCCUGAGGGCUCUGGUCCCUGGAGCCUUGAGUGCUCCCCCAGUCAGAGUGGCUUCGGCCCCUUGGAGCUGGCUGCUGUUGGAGUACGGGGCUGCAGGGCUAAGCUGGGCAAUGUGGGCCCUGCUGAGCUCUCCAGGAGCCCAGGAGAAGCAGGGCCAGGAGAACAACACAGACUUGAUGUGGAAGCUGCUGAAGCUCUCCAGGCCAGACCUGCCUUUCCUCCUUUUGGCCUUCAUCUUCCUUGGUGGUGCCGUAUGGGGGGAGACAUGGAUCCCUUACUAUACUGGUCGUGUCAUUGACAUCCUUGGAGGGGAUUUCAAGCCUGAUGCCUUUGCCAGCGCCAUCUUUUCCAUGUGCGUCAUAUCCGUUGUGAGCUCCCUGUGCGCAGGCUCCCGAGGAGGCAUCUUCACCUUCACCGCGUCCAGUAUCAACGUGCGGGUCAGGGAGCAGCUUUUCUCCUCCCUUCUGCGCCAGGACCUCAGUUUCUUCCAGGAGACUAAGACAGGGGAACUGAAUUCAAGGUUGAGCUCGGAUACCAAAAUGUUGAGCCAGUGGCUUGCUUUUAAUGCCAAUGUGCUCUUGCGAAGCCUGGUCAAAACGGUGGGGCUGUAUUGCUUCAUGAUCAGCCUGUCCCCUCGACUCACCCUCCUCUCUUUGCUCGAGAUGCCUCUGGUAAUAGCUGGUGAAAAGAUGUACAAUGUCCGCCAUCAGGCAGUGCUCCAGGAGAUCCAGAAUGCAGUGGCAAAAGCAGGGCAGGUGGUGCGAGAGGCAGUUGGAGGGCUGCAGACUGUGCGCAGUUUUGGGGCCGAGGAGCUGGAGAUCUGUCUCUAUAAGGAGGCCCUGGAGCGAUGCCGGCAGCUGUGGUGGCAACGAGACCUGGAACAUACUCUCUAUGGGCUCUUUCGGAGGGUGAGAAGGCUGCAUGGCAGGGGAUGGAGGGGAGAGAUGCUGCGUUUGGGAAUGCAGGCACUGAUGCUGUACCGUGGACUGCAGCAGAUUCUGGCUGGGGACCUCACCCAGGGUGCACUGCUCUCCUUUCUGCUCUACCAGGAGGUGGUGGCCACGCAUGUGCAUGCCCUGGUAUACAUGUGUGGAGAUAUGCUCUGCAACAUAGGGGCUGCCGAGAAAGUUUUCCAAUACCUGGACCGAGAGCCAAAUAUGCCUCCUUUGGGGACGCUGGCGCCUUCCACUCUGCAGGGGCUUGUGGAAUUCCAAGAUGUCUCUUUUGCAUAUCCCAAUUGCCCUGACCAGCCUGUGCUCAAGGGGCUGACGUUCACCCUACGUCCUGGUCAGAUGACUGCACUGGUGGGACCCAAUGGGUCUGGGAAGAGCACCGUGGCUGCCCUGCUGCAGAAUCUGUAUCAGCCCACUAAAGGGCAGGUGCUGCUGGACGGGAGGCCCGUCUCCCAGUAUGAACACUGCUACCUGCACCGGCAGGUGGCUUCGGUUGGGCAGGAGCCUGUGCUGUUCUCGGGUUCUGUGAGGGACAACGUUGCUUAUGGGCUGAAGAGCUGCGGUGAUGAGAAGGUGAUGGCUGCUGCCCGUGGUGCCAGUGCAGACAGGUUCAUACAGGAGAUGGAGCAUGGACUGGAUUCAGAUGUAGGGGAGAAAGGGAAUCAGUUGGCUGUGGGACAGAAACAAUGUCUGGCCAUUGCCCGGGCCCUUGUGCGGGACCCACAAGUCCUCAUCCUGGAUGAAGCCACCAGUGCCCUGGACGUCCAGUGUGAGCAGUCUCUGCAGGACUGGCGAUUCCGCGGGGACCGAACGGUGCUGGUGAUCGCGCACAGGCUGCAGACCGUGCAGAGUGCGGACCAGAUCCUGGUGCUCAGGCAGGGAGAGCUGCUGGAGCACACUCAGCUUGCCGAGGGGCAGGACCUCUAUUCCCGUCUGCUGCAGACACAGCUGGAGGACUGAGGCCCCAGGACACCAAGCCCUCUCAUGGCCACCUCCGUGACCCAGAGCAGCUCGUGCUUUCAGUUUCCCUGGGCUCGUGUCUCUGGGUAGUCAUUCCUGGAGUCUGGGAGCAUGCUGGAAGUCUGGACCACGUGUGCUCUUAUUGCGGCUGGCAGUGGGGGGGGUGGGUGUUAUCUGUGACCAUUUCCCUGGUGCUGAGUAGUGUAUUGUGAUAUAAUACAUCUAUUUAAAAAUUGUUUUCUUAUUAAAAGAGACUCAUAAAUAUGGAGAACAAACUGAGGGUUGCUGGAGGGGUUGCGGGAGGGGGGAUGGGCUAAAUGGGUGAAGGGGCAUUAAGGAAUCUGCUCCUGAAAUAAUUGCUUCACCAUAUACUAACUAAUUCGGAUGUAAAUUUUAAAAAAUAAAAAAUAAAGUCAUAUUACAAAAAAA